UUGUUAAUUAUAUACCAUUCUAGUGAGCUAUCACAAUGGGAUAUUUCCCACAUGACAGGCCCUUGAGACCAGAGUAGAUGUUCAUUUGCCUCCAGGUCAUGUGAGUUUCAGAUCCCUGCUUUCCACACAACUUUCUUUUAGUGAAUAUGCUAAUGAGCCUGGACAUUAUUUCUAAUCCUGCCCUUCUGUCCAGCAUCAGAGAGACGAGGGACACCUUUCACUUCAGGCACGCAAACCAGGAUUAUGAGCAUGGCGUAAAAAAAAAUACAGAGACUUGGUACUGAUUAUGCUUAUUUGUCUUAGUGUAGACAUGUUAUCGCAGAUUUAUCAAUUUUUGCAUGGAUUCUUCCGAUGCUGUUGCACAGCAGCUUCUUUUGAACGACUCAGCAAAUGUGCCUGACAUAACUGCAGCGACUAUUUCAUAUCUAUUAUGUAUUUUUGGUGGCUCUUUGUCAGUUCUCAUAAUGUUUGGAAACCUUCUUGUCAUAAUCUCCAUUGUUUACUUCAAACAGCUCCAAACUCCUACAAACUUCCUGAUGCUCUCUCUGGCUGUGGCUGACCUGCUAGUUGGACUUUUAGUUUUGCCUUUCAGCAUCUUACUCUACGUGCGCUCAAAUUGGCCUCUUCAAGAUGUCCUCUGUCGGUUGAGAGGUAGUUUCGAUAUGUUACUCUGCAAUUCCUCCAUUCUGAACUUGUGCUUCAUUUCUGUUGACAGAUAUUAUGCAGUGUGUCAGCCUCUGAGAUACAGAACUAAAAUCAAUGUCCGCGUCGUUGGGAUCAUGAUCCUCGUGACGUGGACCUUUUCUGCUCUAAUUGGGAUUAUUAUCACACUGGCGCCAAAUCAAGGGAAGAAAAACAACAGGUGUGUUUUAAUACAAAAUAAAUCACACAGUUCACUCAUCAUGGGUGCGCUUACUGUGUUUUUCAUACCAGCCGUCAUCAUGUUUGCAAUCUACCUAAAGAUUCUGAUGGUGGCAGAGAGACAGGCGCGCAGCAUCCUGAGCAUGGCAAAAACUGGUGCAAGUGUGAGUAAAGUGGAGAGAAAGGCGACUAAAACUCUUGCUAUUGUAAUGGGGGUCUUUCUCAUGAGUUGGACGCCUUUCUUUCUGUGCAUCACCCUUCAACCUUUGAGCAACAACACAAUACCGCUUCAUGUUCUUCAGUCCUUUAAGUGGCUUGGAUGGUCAAACUCAAUGUUCAAUCCAUGUGUUUAUGCUUUCUUUUACAGCUGGUUUCGAGCAGCUUUUAGGAUGAUCAUUACGGGGAAAAUAUUUCAAGGUAAUUUUUGUAAUUCAAAACUCUUUUGAACCAAUAUUUGACUCCCCGUCAUGUCACAAAUAAUUUCUGAAUGUUACUCUUUGUCUCAUUUUGACCUUGAUCUACACAAAGCAUAUUACAGUUUUGAUGGUCCAUGCCUCCUUAAACCUCAUGUGUAUGUCCUUCACUGCGUACAUUGUUAUUUCCAAUUUGCUGAAAUGGCUUAUCAGUUAAAUGUGUGGUUUAUGUCUCAGUAAAUGAUAUUAGUUCAGUUAUUCAUGAAAGUGCUGCAGUCACACGAGUGGGGCUUGUUUUUCCGAUGAAUCGAAUAAUCCUUCGAUGCAGAAAAUGUCUGAAAAUGUUGAUCAGUGUUCCCCAAACCUGGAAAUGAUUGCUGUGUUCUAUGGAGCAUAGAAACCAAAUAUAUUGGUUUAUAUGCCCGUUGACGAAAAAUCCUUAAAUUUGUUUUAAUUCUUUAAAAACACUCAAACCGAUUAAUCGACUAUC